AUGUUUCUUGUAAACAUCUGGAUCUGUGCUGGCCUCCUGCUGUCCCUCCCUCACUGCACGUAUCAGUCGUGCACAGAAGGGACACCAAAACAAUGCAUAGAUGCAGAAUUUGCUCCGGGAGCCAAUUUGGCCGGGGAGGGCUUUGAUAUCACCAAAAUGGAACGUAAAGGAGCCUUUGUGCUCGACAUGAAUCAGUGGAAACGUAAAGAUAAAACAUGCAUGCUGUGUACCAACCCUUUCCUGGAGAACAAAAAGCAAAAGCUACCCCUGACAGUGGUGGACUGGAGGGCAAAGCAGUCCUGCAGUGCCAAAGUUUCCACCAAACUUCACAAAUCCAGCGAGUCUCUUGUCGGUUCCAGCGUCUCCUCUGUUGAAAACAACUGGAAGGCGAAUCUAGAUCUUCAAGCGGGGAGUAAAAGUGCGUCACUGAUGCUGGCUGGUACCAAUUCUCAUCUCUCGAGUUACUCCAUGGAAAAAACCAAGAAUGACAAGUACAGCUUCGCAAGCCACAGCAUGUCCUGCGAGUACUACAGCUACAGAGUGUCCAGUGCUCCAAAGCUGCACAGAGAAUUUCGCAAAGCUCUGAAAAAACUUCCCAAAACCUACAGCGCAGAAACCAAACAACAGUUUUACAAACUCAUUGAUGACUUUGGGACCCACUACAUCACCAAGGUGAAACUGGGGGGAAGUAUCGAGUCUGUCACCAGCAUCAGACAGUGCCAGGCCAGCCUUAAAGGGCUCAGUGCCGAGGAGGUGCAGAUGUGCCUCGAAGCUGAAGCGUCUGCAAGUAUCAAAGAUAACAAAAUAAGUACUGAAACAAAACACUGCAAAAAGGAUAUACAGCAGACAGACAGUAAGUCUGCCUUCUCCAGCCUCUUCAAUGACAGGUUCACUGAAAUAAAAGGUGGUCAUACCACAGAGCCAGACCUUCUCUUCUCUGCUGACAAAAAUCCAGAAGCCUACAAGGGAUGGCUGAGCACAUUACCACAAAACCCAGACAUCGUGUCAUAUUCCCUGGACUCUCUGCAUGAGUUACUACCUACCACAACCAAAGUCAAAAACAACCUGCGCUCUGCCAUUAGCCAUUACAUCCUGGAGAAAGGCCUGUGGAGAAACUGUACUGAUCGCUGUAAGGCUGGAAUUAGAACCAACUCACAGGAUCCCUGCGUCUGCCAGUGCCACAAUGACCCUGCCGUGAACCAAGAUUGCUGCCCAGCUCGUAAGGGAAUGGCACGGGUCAUCAUAACAAUACAGCGGGCUUCUGGUCUGUGGGGGGACUACUUCACCGCUACAGAUGGAUACGUGAAGGUGAUUUUCAACAAAAAGGAAGUCCGGCGUUCUCCUGUCAUUUAUAACAACAACAACCCACACUGGGGCAUGGUCGUCGACCUGGGCUCAGAGGAUAUUUCAUCAGCUAAACUGAGAUUUGAAGUUUGGGAUGAGGACAACAAGUGGGAUGAUGACCUAUUAGGAGCAUGUGAGCCACUUCUGACUGCUGGAGUUAAAGCUGAUGUCUGUAAUAUGAACCACGGCCAACUGUUCUACAAACUGGAUGUGCAGUGCGCUCCAAGUCUGAGCGGAAAGUCGUGCACGGACUAUAAACCUUCACCUAUGAAUUCAAGUCUGAAGAAGUUCUAUGUGUCCCGUCAUGCUCGUCCUAUUCCAGAGGCCAUCCUGUCAGAGAUGGGUGUGUUUGUGGACAAAUCAAGUUCAUGGAAAAAUCAGAGCAUUACUACAGAGAGUCCCAAGUAUGAUGUAAUAAUAGUGUGA